AUGACGAAAGUUGAGCCAAUAAUUGGUGAUAAUGAUGAUUAUCAAGAAUUCUUGAAACAAUUCACCUUACUGAAUAGUCUAUCAGCUGAAUUUCGUUGUGUGUGCUCAGUAAUCGGUACGGAAUUGGAUUGUACUUUGGUGAGAACAAAUCUUGUCAAUCUACAAAAGCGUAUGCUAAAUAAAUUACAAAAAAAUCAAUAUCAUUUAAUGAAAUGCUGGCACAGUGCUAAUACCGGUCAGUCGACUAAUAUAACUAGUGAACAGUCAGAUCAAUUGUUUGUCACCUUUACAACAUUAAUUGAAUAUCACAUGAGAGCGCUGUUAAAGACACUACAUCUUUUGACCUUAUUUCCGACUAUAACACAGAAUGAACAUCGUUCUAAUAAGGAUGGGUAUUCGAAUGAAGGUCUUAAACAUCAUGUUACAAAACAAAUGCAUGAGGUUUCUUCCUGGGUGUUGAGUAAUAAUACAUUAUUGAAAAUGAACAUUGAUUCAUUGAUUAUGACUGGAUUUAGUAAACCGUUGACAUUAGAAUUAGAUGAAAUUCAACUUGGCAAUAACAGCGACAAUGGAGAUAUUGAUGAUGCUGGUGUAGUUGAAACAUUUCAUUCGAAUCUUUCAGAGAUUGAUGUAUUGAAAAAUGAAUAUCACAUACUGCAAAAAGCAUUGAACGAUAUUUCAUCAUUAAUUUGUGUAACACCAUGGAAUGUGCUAGCAUUUCCUGCGGGUAUAGAACAAAGAUUGUCUUUAAUCGACUCCACAUCUACUGUUCAUCCACCUAAGGUUGAGUGUGAUAGUAUUUCAUAUGGGCCAUCAACUGAAUACAUCACAAUGUUUAAAAAACUAUCAAAUGUUAGUACUUCAAUCGGACAAUCAAGAAUACAUCUUGUUUCAUCAAACAAAGAAUUAUCAACUAUUAACAAUAUUUUCAGAAAAGUUAAAAAGUAUUUUGAACGAAGGAAAGUUUUUGCUUUCCUUUUAAUUGGUGCAUUUAUAAUUUCAGCUUUAAUUAUUCUUCUUAUACUGUUUGUUGUUAUAUUCCCUAAGAUGACAAAUGCCUAG